AUGAAGCAGGGCAUAGUCUGUCUUCUUGCACUGUUAUGCUACGCGGCAGCCAGAGUUCCAUCGCGAGACGAGCGCCAUUUGAUUAUGGAAGCACAUAGAAAUAUCCGCGAACGCGUCAGCCCCAGCGCCAGUGACAUGAAAAUUAUGAAAUACUCAAAACAACUGGAAAAACAGGCAGAAAUGUCUCUGACUGCGUGCGUCAUAGAGGAACACAUUGUCACUGCAUACAGUGAUAACGAAACACAGAACCUGCGCAUCUUCAUCGAUGAGGAACCUACCUUUGUAAACAUGAUCUAUGCGUAUGCCGAGGAUGAAGAGUUUUAUGACUUUGAAAAUAAUACGUGUACCAGGGAAUGCAGUGGAUACAAACGAAUUGUAUGGGCCAAUUCCACCAGGGUUGGAUGCGCAAUGCAUAAAUGCGGAGCCUAUGGUCCUAAGCACCAGCACCCUAUCUACACUGUGAUUUGUCAGUACGAUCCAAUACGGAAGAAUUCUGCCAUGUUUGACAAUUGUCUGUGA